ACGUAAACAGGAAGUUACAGCAAGGCGAGCAGGCUGUGUGUUGUUGACGUGAAAGUCCAUCGGUUUUAACCUUAAUAAUCUCUCAGAUCUACACAAAACAGUCAAAAUGGGGAAACGACAGCACCAGAAAGAUAAAAUGUACAUCACAUGUUCAGAGUACACAAACUAUUAUGGAGGGAAGCGAUCAGAAAUCCCACAGGCAGACUUCAGACGGCUUCCAUUUGACCACUGCAGCUUGUCCCUGCAGCCGUUUGAGUAUCCUGUCUGUACUGAUGAGGGAGUCGUCUUUGACCUGCUGAGCAUCAUGCCGUGGAUCAAGAGGUAUGGCACUAACCCCAUCUCUGGAGAGAAACUGGAAGCAAAGUCCCUCAUCAAACUUAACUUCGCCAAGAACAGCGAUGGAAAGUAUCACUGCCCCGUCCUGUACAACAUCUUCACAAAUAACUCUCACUUCGUGGCCAUCAAGGUCACCGGCAACGUGUUCUCUAAUGAGGCUGUUGAGCAACUCAACAUCAAGACCAAAAGUUUUAAAGACCUGCUGACCGACGAACCCUUCACCAGGAAGGACAUUAUCGUGCUUCAGGACCCCACAAACCUGGAUAAAUUCAAUGUUGCCAACUUCUUCCACGUGAUAAACAACCUGAAGGUGUUGGAUCCAGAUGAGGAAAAGGCCAAGCUGCACCCGGCGUACCACCUGAAGACCACCAACAUGGAGACCAUGGAGACCUUAGCUGAGCUGUACAAGGACUACAAGGGGGACCAGCUCCUGGCUUCCACUAUGAAGGAGAAGGCCGCCAAGAAGACGGACAAACUGAACGCUGCCCACUACUCUACGGGCAGAGUUUCCGCCUCCUUCACAUCCACGGCCAUGACUCCUGCAACAACACAAGAAGCAGAUGUCAUCGCGGACGACACGGUGCGUUACCGCUAUGUGAAGAAGAAGGGCUACGUCCGUCUGCACACAAACAAGGGAGACCUGAACCUGGAGCUGCACUGUGAUAAGGUUCCCAAAGCUGGAGAGAACUUCACCCGUCUGUGUAAGAAAGGCUACUACGACGGGACAGUCUUCCACAGGUCCAUCAGGAAUUUCAUGAUUCAAGGAGGGGACCCCACUGGCACCGGCACAGGAGGGGAGUCCUUCUGGGGAAAGCCUUUCAAGGAUGAGUUUAAGCCCAACCUGUCUCACACCGGCCGCGGGGUUCUCAGCAUGGCAAACUCCGGUCCAAACACCAACAAGUCCCAGUUCUUCAUCACGUUCCGGUCGUGCAUCUACCUCGACAGGAAGCACACAGUAUUCGGAAGGAUUGUUGGUGGAUUUGAGGCCCUCACCGCCAUGGAGAACGUGGAGAGUGAUCCCAAAUCAGACAAACCAAAGUCGGAGAUCAAGAUCAUAACUGCGACUGUGUUCGUGGAUCCGUACGAAGAAGCUGACGCUCAGAUUGCAGCGGAGCGAGAAACGGAGCUGCAGAAGCAGCAGCAGGAGGAGGAGAAGCAGCAGACCAGCAUCGCCCAGCAGAAGGCUAAGGAGAAGCAGGCGCCAAAGACCUUCAAAGCCGGUGUGGGGAAAUACAUCAACCCUGCCACGAAAAAACGUUCGGCCGUUGAAGACGAAAGCGGGCCGUCCACCAGCGGAGCGGCGCCGUCCACCAGCGGAGCCAAGAAGUCCAAAGCCAAGAGCAGCUUCGGGGACUUCAGCUCCUGGUAGCGCCGACGCGUUCCGCAUUUACCAGUCUGUGUGUUCACUGGUCGGGUUGAGCGUGAGCAAAAUUAAUUUCAUUCAUACAUGUGUGUGUAUCGUCUCUUUGUAGUGUUGAUUAACGAUUAAAGUUACUUUUUACAGAAGAGAAAAAUGGCGUCAUAUUCUCAUCUUGUUUCAAAGACACGGUUUGUUUAUUUAAGGACAUUCCAUUGAGAGCUGAAGAUAUCGGCACUUAUUAAGCAGAGACUCUGUGUGAUUAAUCUCGUCUUCGUCAUCCUAGACGAGGUCUGAUCAAUAUUUGGGGCUAAAACCAUCUGAUCGAUAUCUCUUUGUCCUGGACGGUCUAAUCAGUAUUUGUGGACGUAAUUAACUCCCGACACCAGACCGUGUUCAUUUUCUGCUGAAGAAUUGACGACACGCAGACGUUUCUACUUUGGCUCGACUCCCGGCUGGUUUUAAUGGAUUUGCUGGACACGUUUCCACAAUCGUUCAUCACGGAUCUCUGCAGAAAGAGUUAUUGUUAUUGUAUCAAAGUCAAGUGCAUCCGGAGCUCGGUCACUUUGUUAAAUCCUCUCUGGUGGUCUGAUUAUUUUAGGACCUAACAAAAACACAAAAACAGUUUGAUUUUUACUUUAAACUAUUGUGCUUCCACAAAUCCCUUUUGUCUAAAAUGACAAAAUAAAAGGCGUUUUCUUAAAUGUCUUCACUCUCAUUCAUCACUGAGUUUAACUAAUUGUGACAAAAUUACCUGAAAGUGCUUUUGUUUCAAAGAAGAAAGGAAGAAAUGGCACUAUUGUUGUUUACUGUGGCAUGCAAUCUCGGGUGUUAUUGUUGCGCGGGACUGUUCUCCUGUGUUCUACAGCCAUUUACAUAUUUAUGGUCAUGUCUGUAUUGAAUUGGCAUCGUGGCAUUUAAAAGAAAUCUGUUUUUGUUUGCCAGAAGUUAAUUUCAAAGUGUUAAACUGCCAUUCUUUUUGCAACUUAGACAAAAAAUAAAUAAAACUGCAGGUAUUUACACAAAGCUGGGCUCCAGAAAAUGUUCACUUAGUAAACUAAAAGACAGAAAAAUCUGAAAAAAUUAAAUAAAAUCUGAGUUUCUUUCGGAAUAUAUUGAACCUUCGAGGUCCUCACGAGUGUAGUUUGAAGUUAUUCUCACAACGUUCCAUCUAGACUGAAAUACCUGAAUUACUGGAAAAUAACCAGCGAAGACAUUUCUAACUCAUCUUAUUUCAGUUAGCAAACAACCGUUUACAGUCACUGAGUCUCAGCCGGUUUAAUGUGUUCACUCCACUCGUCCUCUUAGUGCUCACCUCCACUGUGUCGACACAGUUCAAAUGUAGUUCAGUCAGACACGUUUCUGUUUCUGCGAAAUAGCAGUUUGACUGAAAAUCUACAAGUGAAGUCACCUGACAAAAUAGACAAAAUAAACAUAUGUAAUAAAAACAACUCUACUGUGUGAUCGGCUACAUGAUGAUGACUCCAGUUACAGCUUGGUACGAAUGGGCUCCUUCCGCCACACAUCUCUGUGAUGGGUUUAUACAUAAAACAAUAUUUUGUAGCCCUGUCUUAGAUGUACUUCAUUACAAAUGUGUUUGCUGACAAGACGGAGACGUGAAUGGUGAACAUUUGGGAUUUGACAUUUCUCAUUCAAGGCGAACAUGCUUUUUUUUUUUUCAUCCGUUUGCCAUGUGGAGCAGAAGUCCUCUUCCUAGAUUGGCCUCCGCUGUCAAACCCCAAUGGGUGGUUUGCUUGCAGAGUGCUUUUUAAAAAGUGUUCAUGUUUUACCAGCAACUACAGCACUAGAUAUGUUUAUUUGGUCCCUUUUUUUUCCCAUUGGAUAACUAUUGGAAGUGCACACUGAGCUGUGUUUGCCAUGUGGAGUAAAAAUAACAUCUCAAAUACACAUGAAGUACAUUUUCCAAACCACCUUUUUCCUGGAGAGCACAUCUCUCUUCUAUACACUAAAGAUGUUCGGCCUUAAUAGCAGCAAAUGUAAAAGCUUUCAUGGUCUGAGACGGGCCACGUAAUUGCAUGAAGCUGUGUGGGAUCAUCCCUUCUUCGGAUCCGGGUGAAACGGUGGCAUCUGUGAUGGCACCCUUGUGCCGCAUAACACAUAAUUUAUUGGAUGCUUGGUUAAUGCCGCUCCACUCGAGCCUCAUUAUUUAGCCGUGCUCUUUGGCAGCCGUUCCCAAGCUUUGGGCUUUUACCUGAAUGAGUGUACCCUUGUGCGUCCUCCGUGUCCUGCCCCCCACCUGAGUGAGAGGAAGCUUUGUAAAUUCGGGAGGUGGGAAGUGAAGUCGUGCCCUCCAAAACUCAAGUUCAAAAACCUACACGAUUAUUAUCCUUUGUCACAUCAUGGAGUGCUAAAACCGACUGCAGUGUCAUUCGUUUCCCCAGCUGUGGAGUCAGCACAGCGGCGUGAAAUGAAUUCAGCAGACUGUAAGUCAAUCAUUGAAUGAAUCAUCGAGGUCUGUGCUUCUUACAAGCAUCAGAUGGUGACUUGAGACGGGGGAGUGACAAUUAAACAGUAACUUUAGACAGUAAUGCCCUCACAUGGCCGUUAUAGUAAUGUCAUUUAGUUGUUGUUUUUGUUUUUAUUUAGUGUUUUAAAGUUUUGUGCCAACUUGUAUCUUGUUAGACUUUUAUUAAUAGGUGUUGUUUUAAUCUAUUUUAUUUAGAGGUUUAGAUAAAGUCUUUAAUCGUGUGCAUUAUGUUAAGUGUUUUUUAUUUAGCCAUUUAUUUUAUUUAGCGCAAUACUUUAUCAAAACCUCUAACUUUUAAUCUUGAGUUGGACUGCAUUAUAUUAAGUGUUUUUUAUUUAUUCAUUUAUUUUAUUUAGAGGUUUUGAUGAAGUAUUGCGCUAACUUUUAAUCUUGUAUUAGACUGCAUUAUGGUUAAUAGGUGUCUUUUAUUUAUUUAUUUUUUUGCUUUCCCCCCUUUCCUUUCCAAAUUUCUUCCAUCGUGGCAGUGGGUCAACUACUCAAAGGUGAGAUUAAUUAAUUUAAUUUAACCUUUUAAUAGCCAGAAUAUUCCACGUGACAUUUUGAAUCUCAUUUCCAAGAAAGUCCUGGCUUAAAUGGCAGCGUAACAAAUUCACAUAAAAACACAUAAAAUAGACAAAACAAGUUUUAAAAACAAUUCACAUGAAAGAGACAACAGACUUAAAACAAACAGCAAAUGGCAUCAACUAAAGAAUUCAGUGACAUUUCAAUGUUCAAGUAAUCCACUUAACCCUUAAACGAUUUAAUUAAAAUAUAUAAAACUUCCGUUGAGAGCAGAGUUAGUUGAUGACGAAAAACACAGAAAAAUAAAUGAAUGUGCAGAAGAAGUUGUUUUCCUGAAGCUUUCUACCACAUCACAGCCUUUCUCCCUUUGCUCUCCAUCCAACUCCAAAUACAACUCUGGAUGUGGCUACUCGUGCAUGUUACUACUUUUACGACCUAAUGGUUUUUAAAAAAGGGCUAUUCAAAUUUUUGUCCUAGGAAUUUGAUUUACCUCAACAACAAAAAAAUCCGCUGAUUUACAGUCUAUUUCCCGAUGUAAGUCUAUGGGGGGGGGGGGAAGUAUUUUUGGGCCAAAUGGCGUCACGUGAUCCGGAAGUUGUAAUUCCAUGCUUUGGCCACUAUAUCUAAAACUAGCUUUAAGCCCAGCACUCUAGUAAUUUUUGGACUAUUUGCCUUUUAUUGGAUAGAACAGUCAAAGAGAGACAGAAGAAGGGACGAUAUGCAGCAAUGGGGUUGGAUUUGAACCACUUGCACAUUUUUUGUGGAUCUUAAAAGACAAAAGUGUGAUUUUCUUUUUUUUUUUUUUUUUUUUUUUUUUUUGAUUUUUAAGGUGAAUUUCUUCCUUAUGAACUCGUACUGUGUUGCUGUUUGAGGUGCUGCCAGCUGCUGAACGUGUCCAGCAGGUUGCCAGAAGUGAGGAGUUAUGAACCAGCAUGUGGUGUUUUAUCUCAUCCGACACUGUGAGGAGUUGUACAGCACGGUGAACCCGAUUUUUUUUUUUCUCGUCUAAGAGUAAAGCCUUGUAUUACUGAGCCCGCAUUUGCAGAAAAAUGAAAUGUUAGCAUUUACUUUAUUUCAACCUAGUUAUUACAUGAAACAAAAAGCAGCGCACAUCAUUUAACCGCUAAAUCUGACAGUAAAUUAAAGUAGGUUUGAAGGAAGUAUUAAACUAAUUUGCACAAACUGAUUAUUUGUAAUAUAAACUAAGGUGUUUAUUGCACUCUAUUUAAGCAGCCUGUUAGAUCUUUCUGUCUUGUUCUGUGCUGCUUCAUGGCUGCAAUUUAAAGUCUGGACUCUUAUGGUCAUAUCAGAUUUCUGUGUAUUUCCACAGAUAGAUGUUGUUGUUGUUGUGCUCUCUGUGCUGAGAUAAGCUAACCGGCUAUUGGCUGUUGCCUUCGAGAGUUGUAUCAAUCUUCUCAUCUCUCAUCGCAGAAAGCGAAUAAUCGUAACUCACCCAAAAUGUCAAAAUAUUCCUACGUUGGGAGAUAUCCUGUUUUUUUUGUGGAACAGGAAGAUAAGAAAUUGCUUUGACCUCCAGGCAACUUCUAGUUUCUGUUGAGAUAAGAUAACUUGUAUAGGCCGCAUCACAAUAAACACUCUUAUUAGGUAUCAUGUUGUAUGGAAUCCUUGUAAUCAUUGGUCCUGUUUGGAUCUAGUUUUAUCUCGUAUAUAAAAAGCCCAAGACUAAUAGAGGACACAGUCUUUAAAGUUAUCACCCAUACCUCUUCAGCAGUGUCAUAAAAAUUGAACAGAAAUCGCUCAGCGUAUACGUGCAUAAAACUUUAACACAAGUCUGUACACAUCAUCAUCAUCAUCAUCAUCAUCUUCUAUACCAUCUCAUUCUCACUUUUUUAUUUCCUGGCCUCCUUUUGAAGUCGACCAUAGAGAGAGAGAGAGAGAGAAUGUUGUGUGGAGUUACUCAGCAGUCAGCUUCUUAUCUGGUUCAGCAGCAUCCUCCAGAUGUAUAGACAUUCUAGGCAUAUCAUUAACUUUUUUCUUUUUUUUGUAUCUGCCAUGAUACUGCCAUUUGAUUUUGUUAUCUCUUCAUUCUAAAUUUCCUAGCAGGAUGUCAGUCAUGCCUGUCCACCUCUUUGGUCCACACGGACAUAUCUCAACAAUUAUUGGAUGGAUUGCCAUGAUAUUUGUUGCAGACUAAUGAUUCUCAGUGGAGGAAUGCUACUGAUGUGUCCCUCCCCCCCCAAUCUUUCAUCUAGCACCUCCAUGAGGUUGACAUUAGUGGUUUUGAGUGAAAUGUCUUAAUAACUACUGGAUGGAUUGCCUUGAAGUUU